CCGAGCCCCGCGGCCGCCCCGGGCGCACGUGGGGGCGCCUCGGAGGGGCCAUAAAUGCGGGCGGAGCGGCGGGGCUGAGGCUGCCUCGGCGGGCCGCGGCCAUGGGCGCCCAGUAGGCGGCGGGGCCCGAGGCCGGCAUGAGCUGCGGCGGCCCCGCGGCUCCCGGGGACGUCCCCGCGCCGCCCGGGCCCGCCGCGGCCCGGGACGCCAUGGACGGCCGCGCCGAGCCGCCCGCCUUCCCCCGGGCCGGGGUCCCCCCGCUGGCGGCCGGAGACACGGCGCCCGCCGUGCCCGAGGGGGCCGGGCCGGCCCGGGCCGCCGCGCCCCCGCGCCCCACCUCCUUCUCCGUGCUGGACAUCCUGGACCCCAACAAGUUCAACAGCAGAAGACGCCGCUGCGUGCUGCUCGGCCCCGCGGGGCCCGCCCCGUGCGCCCCGGCCCCGUGCGCCCCGCCGCCUGCCGCCCCCGGACGCUCGCCGCGCCCCGAGCCCGAGCGCCGAGCCCUCGCCGCGGCCCCGGGAGCCGCGGACGCCGAGUCCACGGGUGCCGGGGACCCCUGCCGGGCCGAGGCCGAGGCCGACGGCUCCAGCGGCGGCGGCGCUCGCAGCCCGGCCGCGGAGAGCGACGACGAGGCGGCGGGGGACGACGACGAGGACGACGAGGCCGAGGCCGAGGCGCGGGCCGCUCCGGGCGCCGAGGAGGCCCGGGGAGGCGGCGGCGGCCCCGGGGCCCGCGGGUCGGGCUGCCCCGGAGCGGCCGAGGCGGCGGCGCCGGGGCCCCGCGGGAGCUCGCCGGGCCCGGCCGCCGGGGGAGCCGGGGGAGCCCCGCAGGCCGGCGCCGCGGCCCCCAAGCCCAAGCGCAAGCGCACGGGCUCCGACUCCAAGUCCGGGAAGCCGCGGCGGGCGCGGACCGCCUUCACCUACGAGCAGCUCGUGGCGCUGGAGAACAAGUUCAAGGCCACCCGCUACCUGUCGGUGUGCGAGCGCCUGAACCUGGCGCUGUCGCUCAGCCUCACCGAGACGCAGGUCAAGAUCUGGUUCCAGAACCGCCGGACCAAGUGGAAGAAGCAGAACCCGGGCGCCGACACGAGCGCGCCGAGCGGCGGCGGCGGGGGCCCCGGGCCGGGAGCGGGGCCCGGCGCGGGGCUGCCCGGCGGCCUCAGCCCGCUCAGCCCGUCGCCGCCCAUGGGCGCCCCGCUCGCCCUGCACGGCCCGGCGGGGUACCCGGCGCACAGCCCCGGGGGCCUGGUGUGCGCCGCGCAGCUGCCCUUCCUGUCCAGCCCCGCCGUCCUGUCGCCCUUCGUGCUGGGCUCGCAGACGUACGGCGCACCCGCCUUCUACGCGCCGCACCUCUGAGCCCCGGGCCGGGGACCCGCGGCGGGGCCGGCGACCCCCUCCUGAGGCCGCAGGCGCCGGUCCUGGCCAGCGGCGGCCCCCACCAGGAGAGACGUUACUAAACGCGCGGGGGGUCCCCGGGGCCCCGAGCACUUUGCAGAACUCUCAAUAAACCGCAG